AUGUCCUUCCGAGCCACCCCACGGGCCGUCGCAGGCACCGUCCGCUCUGUCUCGACUACAUGCUCAAAAACUGCUGUACGAAGCAAUGUUUCAUCAAUUGGCUGCCUCAAUGCCCGUGUGCCUGUCAACAACCAGCCUGCGUCUCUCUCCAAACAGCAGAUCCGCUCUGCCUCUUCUGAACACGCCAUUGCCAACCCUGUCCUCGCCGGAAUUGAGAAGCGCUGGGAAGCCAUGCCUCCUCAAGAUCAGGCCGAACUGUGGAUGAAGCUGAGAGACAGAAUGAAGGUUGACUGGAAGGAGAUGACUCUACAAGAGAAGCGAGCUGCUUACUGGAUUGCCUUCGGACCCCAUGGACCCCGUGCUGAGACCCCCAAGGGUGAGGGUGCGAAGAUCUUCAUCCAGGUAAUGAAGUAUGUCGUUAUUUCCGCAGGCCUUUUCUACGCUACUCGUCUCCUCGCUGGUGCUCCACCAAAGACCAUGACCAAGGAAUGGCAAGAAGCCACGAACGAAUACGCCCGGAAAGAGAAGCUUGACCCCAUCUACGGUAUCAGCAGCGAAGGAUACUCUGGAAAGGGUUUCGUACAAAGCCCACCAGCUGGCAAAUAG